UCCCAUCCUUUGUUGUCGCGGAAGUAAAGACCCAUCAGUGGUAUCUAGCAAAAGUGGUUAACAGUUAACUCAGGCAGUUUACCUUCCCAAAAAGUAUACUUAACUGGGUGUGUCUCCCAUAGACACCAAUGCAAUAGCAGCUGGGUCUGACUUCCAUGAAAACAGGAAGAAAAAAAACAGCGAGUUGCUUCCUCUUCCGUCUCUGGUAGUUUGCUAUUGUAUUGUCUUUUCCGACUGAACAUUAUCUUUAGAAACAUAACACUAGUCAGAUAAAAUGUUGUUCCAGGAGAAUAUAACCAAUUGUGUUACCUUUCAGACCAAAAUAACAUCGGUUAUGGAUGUGUUAGCCAAAGCUGCGGUGGCAGAAAUAAGUAAAAUGUUCGAUGAUGGUUUUACUGUUUUACGCUUGGAAAUGUGUCGAAGAGAAAAUGAAAUCGAAGCGUUAAAAAGAAAAUUAUUGUUUGUGGAGAACGAACGGCAAAGGACGACGUCCAAAGCGAGAGAAGCAGGCUGUUCUUCAACAUGCUCUUUGUCUUCCAGCAGAACAGAGCAGGGGUCCAAGGGGUCUGAUAAGGAUGCUGGUGAAAGGACUUCAUUUGAGCAGACCGCGAGAGACAAAGUGUUCACACCUAAAGAUGACCAACUGGAUCAAAAUAGACCACAGCCACCUAAAGAAUCAGUAGUGGGGCUUAAUGAACAGUACAGGUCUGGCCAGCGAGAGGAGAAGGGUAGUGGACUAGAAUUAGUGGUGAAGACCGAGCAAGAGGAGGAGUAUGACGUUAUUUCACUACAUACAUCAGGAAGUGAACAUGGCACAGAGAGAUCAGAUCAUCAGGAAACUGAGUUUGCCAUGGAUGACCGAGAGAGUCAGCUGUGGGCGUCUGUAUCAGAGAUCAACUGUGACUCUGAGGGUCCAGAUUGCUCAUAUGGUACAGAACAAUAUACACAGGAUCUAAAUACAGACAUACAGCUUAUUCAAAGUGCAGUGCAGGGUCUGGAUAGCGAUCCAUCAUCAGAGAUGGGGUACAUAAACAGACUAAUGAAAGAAGAGAUGCGAGCACAGUCUGUUUGGAAUGACCGAAGUAGGACCUCUACAGAUUUGGUUCAGGCACAACCAGGUCAGCACAGAGAGCAAACUAUGCACCCAGAGAGAAGGGAGGAUGGAACUACUACCAGAGUGCCAUCAGACAAACAAACGCGAGCCAAUGAGAGUGGAGCAUAUUCCAACGUUUGGCUAAACAAUGUAUUCUCGUUUGCCCCAAAUGGUUUCAACUCCCCAAAACUAGCCGCACAGGGAACCCCAGCAGGAGAGAAGCGGUUUGUUUGUACCUACUGCGGAAAGAGCUUUGACUGGGUCAGCCACUUGGAGAUGCAUCAACGGAUUCACACGGGAGAGAAACCGUACAACUGUGUGACGUGUGGGAGGUGUUUUGCUCAGCAGAGUAAUCUCCGCACACACCAGCGAGUACACAGGGGUCUCAGAGCAAAGCCAACAGUCUACUGAUGGUUAUCACCAUGACGAGACAAUUAAGAACAUUCUAGAGAAACCAGCUGGGGCCCGCCCCACACAUUAUGAAACAACCUCAUUAACCACGUUUCCAUCCAGUUUUUAUGCGAGGAAAGUCAUACCAUAUUAAAACAAAAUUACAGCUGUGAUGUUUCAGUGCAAUUUCAUAAAUUCUGACAGAUAAUUUGUUUGUUCUACCUUUUUGUGUCUGUAAAAUGUAUUAUGUGAGAAAUGACAGUGGAAACACCUUUAUGUGCAAAUAUUAAUAUAAUAACCAUAUCAAAGUAAACUUGGAGUCACAAUUAUAUUGUGGGUGGUCCUCCCAUACGACUUGGGAAACCAUGGUUUAUUAGGCUACAGAUUAAGUUAUGAACUUCACAGCCCAAUAGGCAAAAACUAGUUGCAUCAUUGUUUCCAUGUUAUUUCAACAACAAAAAUGUAAUCUGAUGACGUUGAAUCAACCUGGAAAACUGAUUGGAUUUGCCAAAAGUCAUAACUGUAAGGAAAUGGUCUUUUUCAUCCAACUUUUAACCUAAAUCUAAUGACAUGGUGACAUUUCACAGUAGUUGACAUCAACCAAAUGUAAAUAUAAACUAGACGUUGAAAUUGUCUAUGCCCAGUGAGGUGAUGAAAGUGCACAGUGAUCUUGAUGCUCCUUUCCAAUAAAUAUCGAGGGUCUUAUUCUGGUGACAUGA